AGCAGCGGCGACGGCGACGCGGUUCCGAGGUGCGCUGGGCGUGGACACGGGGCACAGGCCCGGGACCUGGGGGUCCGCAGCAGCGAAGUCCAGAGGUGGUCGGGCGUGGUGGCGAGGUCCCUCCGCUGCUGAUGGCCGGGAGGCAAAUCCUUGGGAGAUGCAGGCUGCCGCAGCGAAGCAGAUAGCUCCUGGUAAAGCCUACCGCAGUAAUGGAGGAAACGUCCGGAAAGAUGAACCUUCUAAUCCUAAGAAAGCAAAUGUGUUCUUCUCUUCCAAUGGUUGUAAUGAAGCCAGAUCGGCUUUUCUUGAUGAUGACCGGGAUUCCUUGGCACCAGAUCAAAGAGCUGAUGACACAGAACUGAGCAGUACUGACACAGUGGACUUCCUGGAGCCAUCUUGUCCUGGGAGCCUGGACGCCAGCAGAGAGCGCACUCACUCACAGUCCAGUGAGUUCGAAGACAGUGCCGACUGUGCUUUCUUGAAUGAAACAUACUCCAUACAUUUUUCCGAGUCAGAACGAAAGAAUGAAAGUCUCAUUCACUUAACUUCAGAAUUGGAUUCUGAAAUGCAGAACGCAGAAGGGGUGUGUUUUGAUAUUUUGGAGCAUCAAGGUAUUAAGAUUAUUGGCUUGGAAAGAACCUGCAAGAUUUCAGAUGACGAUUAUAAAGAAACUGCCGAAGAUGAGCAGAAGCAUGAGAUCGACGAGGACUCCCAGCAGGAGUAUCAUAGUGCAGAGGAGCAAGAACACAUAAGUGCCCAUGUAUCUUUUGACCAAACGAAAACAUUAAACACACCUGAUCUGGAGGUUGUUGGGUUAAGAAAUUCGGGUUAUGAAGCUGAGUGUGCUAGCCAUCUAGACGGUAAUCGUGUCGAGUUGGCAAGUGAUUCUAGCAUCUUUCUAGAUUCAGUUGAUGUUUAUGAACAAGAAGAUGCACCCCGUGGCUCCAAGUUUCAGAUUUCUGUUGUGUUAAGAGACUAUCACGAACCAAAGCAUGACAUGUGUAAGGAACAAGAGACUAGUUUCAUGUACCACACGGUAUUUGAUGAAAUUGUACUAGGGAGCAGUCCCCUUGAAAAUCGGGAAUCUCGAUCUAAGAGUAGUUUCUUGAACCCUCAGAAAGCACUAAAAGCUACAACCUAUACCGGCAAAAUGAAAUGUCAAAUAAUUGAAAGUAAAGAUUUUUGUGGGAAUGAAAUCGUUGAGCACCAAAAGUCGCACCACCUUGGAAAUCCUAGCACAUUACAAGAAGACAGAGCUUUACAGGUGUUACUCCAACCCGGUCAAGAUUGUCAGACUUCCUGGACCUCUGCUGUUGAUGAUUCAGUAAUUUCUCCCUGUGGAUAUUCUCAUUAUAGAAGCCUACAAAAUACCCCCAACCCAGCCUUAGAUGUUUCCGUUACUACCCCGAGGAUUACAGCCAGAGAUCAUGACGCAGUGGAUGAGAUCUCUCUAAAAGCUGCUGAUGACAGCACCACAAAUGACUCGCGUUUUCCCAGCAUAGAAGGAACACGUCCUGAGUUGGCGAUGGAUGCGGCAAGUGACAGAGUCACGGUUCAUCAGACGGUGGACGUUUGCGCUGACUUUAGGGCUUGUUUCACAACCAGCAGGGCAACGAGUGCGAGACCUUCUGUGGUAUCUACGUCAAGCAAUACAGACAUAGCCAUGAUGAGCAAAAGGCGGCCUGGAGAGUGGCAGGGCGAGAGACGCAGAGGUGUGGCCUGCAAUACAGGUGGGCCACACGGCCGAGCUCAUGAAGACACACCAGUGACGAUGAGCAGAGGACCACUGGGGAGCGCUCUCUCAGUUGACAGUCCAGAGCCUAAUGGAAAUCUCCUAAACAAGGAUUCCCUGGAAUUAAGAAAAACAUCUGCUAUCACAGACUUAAAGAAACAUCCUGAAAGGGAAUCUCCGCCUUGUGAAGAGGCGGGGAGGGGUUUGGCCUCCCGGUGCUGUGAGGACGCGAGGCGAAGAGCCGCGAGGGCAGAGCUGCACCUCCUGCACCUUCACUACCAGCUGUGUCAGCGCCACUGCAGUGACAUUUACAAGCUUGUCACGGAAAACAGGGAGGGGUUCAGCAGGAACCUAUGGAGUAAUUGUGCUAAGAAGCAAUUAGGAUCGGCACUACUGUCUGUCUGGGGAGACUUGAAGGUUAGGUACGAGAGCUUGAAGGACAGAAUACACAAGGGCGGGCCGCUGGAGGAGCUGCCCCCGCUGUCUGUGGAAUCAAAGUUACUAUCGACCUUUUCUACUCUGGCUCUCACGCUAAUGAAAGAGGAAUCACACGUCUUUUCAGGAGCAGAUUCUGAACUAGAUAAUCAAAAUACAUGUGAUGUUGACGUCCCUUCACGCCGAAAAAAGACUCCGUCUCAAAUGUCCUUACUAUCUGACGAUAGUUCUCCUAAACAGGAUACUUUACCCAAGGAAGAUGGCUUAAAAAAUGGUGACAUAGAUAUAGACUUUAGUCAGCUGAAACUUGAUGAAAAAGGCUGCAAAAAUUACCGAGAAGUAAGUGAAGACUGGUUUGAUGCUAAAGAAAACCUGACAGGAGUUGACUUGUCAGGAAUACAAGAAAAUCAAAUAGAGAAGGGCAAAGGGGAUCCAAAGUUUACACAAGAAAUGAAAAAUACUGAACCUUUACGAAAAGAGAAAGGUUAUUUGAUACAUGUUGGUGGUCUCUGCCCUUCAGUCUCUGAGGCUGACUUAAGGUCUCAUUUCCGGAAAUACCAAGUUUCUGAAAUCGCAAUCUAUGAUUCAACUAAUUACAGGUAUGCAUCCCUUGCUUUUAAAAAAAGCAUUGAUGCGAAGAUGGCCGUGAAAGAAAUGAAUGGGAUAGAAAUAAAUGGGAAAUCAGUAAAUGUGCGUCUUGUGAAAACUCCUGGAGAAUAUACAUCAUCUCUUUCCUACAAAAAUGGACUGGAGAGAAGCACCAGCAAGGAAAUUAGCUCAGCCUCCUCUGUUUCGAGAUUGCCCAGAACUAGGCCAAGGCAGCUGGGAUCUGAGCAAGACAGUCAGGGUGUCAAGAAGAAUUGUAAACAGAUUGAAUCUCCUAAAUUAUUACCUGAUACUCCUGUUCGAUUCAUACCUCCAAAUACGUUGAAUCUGCGUAGCUUUACCAAAAUCAUGAAGAGACUGGCUGAACUACAUCCAGAAGUUAGCAGAGACCAUAUUAUAGAUGCUCUUCAGGAAGUAAGAGUAAAUCAUAAAGGUUUUCUGAAUGGCUUAUCUAUUAAUACUAUUGUGGAAAUGACUUCAUCUGUUUUGAAAAACUCUGAUUCCAGUUAGGAAUAAAAGAAGCAACAAGAGAAUUUCCUUGGAAAGCAGGAGUUCCCUCCUACAGAGAAUGUUCUACAACACUUAGGAAAAACACUGUGGUAGUGGCAAGACUGUGGGAUUAAAUAGGCUCAGUAAGUGGAGUUCGCUGUGUGAUAAUAUCGUGCUUUACAGCCUUCCCUUAAAAUCUAGCAGCUGCUGUUGCUGCAAUAUUAAGGUCUUCUCUGUAUUAAAAAGAAAAUUUUCAAUGUUCGUAAAUUUUAUAUUUCAACUUGUUACUUAGAGACUUCAAGCUACACAUUUUGGAUUAGAAAAAAUGGUCAUGUCUAUUUUAAAAACCUUUGUUAAAUCAUUUGUUUUAAACAGUGACCAAGAGAAGAUUUAUUGUUUUCAGAGUCCAUUAAACGAUUUCUGUACAUGAAAAAUAUACUUCACCUGAAAUUCUUAGUUCUAGUUUUUAGUUUAAGACUCAUAUUGGACCACAGGAUAACAGUUAAAUAAACUGAAUUUGAAUUUGUAGACAUAUAGAAUGUGUCUAUUUUUCAGCUUCCAAGGUAAUUAAAUUAAUGGUGUGAUCCAUUUAAUGUGUUUUUGACUUUAGUGUAAAACAUUUAGAUGUAUUUUCCCCAUUUUCACGAGGAGGGAGGAGUGAGCCCACAUGCACUUGGCAAAGCACUUAAGUAGUCGCUGCAGUGCUCAUCUUUGUUUUGUCAUAGGUUCUGGUACAUGUGGUUAAAGUGUGAAUUGCAGCAGUGUUCAAAGCCUAAUGUUAUGCCUUGUCUGAUAACUUGGACAUCUCUUUAAUUGAUUACUUUUUGAAGGUCACAUACUGUUUAAAGUUGCAGUUUUACCAGUAUUAAAAUGAACAUUUAAAUAUGCACUGUCUUCUUCAAAUGUGUAAAAUGUUUAGAGUGUUCAAUAGUUGGUAUCCUUGAUUAAAAGUCGCUCAUUUAACAUUUAUACUUGACAUAUUUGUAGUUAAUAAAGGCAGAACCUACAGUACCACUGUAAAUUUAAUACUUUCUGCAGGUUUGAUGGCAUUUUCCACGUGCAAAUUAGCCUACCAGUGUACUGUCUGUGUGGAAUACACAUGGAUGGGAAGGCUGACCAUCAAGCUACUGGAUUUCAAAAUUCUUGUCUUUUAAGGGAUUUGGGGUUUAUUCCGUAUAGUAAUUUGUCUCCAGGUAUCACCAGAUCAUCCCAAAUGUCUAGCAGGAAUUAGGUUUCAGAAUGUAAAAAAAAAAAAAAAAAAAAAUUAAAAGGUUUCUUAAAUGAAACUUGAAUCAUUGCUUUUGGCCAUACAUCAAAUUAGUAGAACCUGAGAAUUGUGGAGAUUUCUUCCCAUAUGUUAAAUCACAUGGUCAUUUACAUUAAAAGGCUGCAUUCAAGAAUAAAAAAAAAAUAAAAUAACAGGCUGCAUUCAGAGUUAACAGCGCAUAAAGUUGAAACAUGGACCAGAUACUCUUUUCAACGUGCUGGUGACAAUAAGAAGCUUACCUCAGGUCAUUUGUUUCCAAAAUGAUUUGACGAAGUGGAGUCCCCUUCUAGAAUACAGAGCAGAUUACGACAUUUGGUUUGGGAAAAUAUAGAAAGGGUCUCUUGAUGUUACAAGUGUCAGGUGUUUUAAAUAAAGAUGUUCUGUUCAGAAACUAAAGGUAAAGCUCAGAUGACGUUCAUAGAUCAAAAAGGCUUUCAGCCACAAUCACACGAUCACUGCUGCCAAUAAGCGUGUUGACUCACAUGGUCAUUUGUACUAAAAGGGCUGCUUCAGAUCAUGUGGGCGUCCUCUGCUCACAGUCACCUUUCGUUCCCACUGUAUUGUUGGAACAACAGAGAGCUCUUGAGCCGUGUCAACUAGAAUAUGCAAAUAAUUACGCUUGGCGAUCACCAGAGAUCUGGAAUGUUGUAAGACUGUCACCAAAACGUGGGACCAGAAAUUCCCGGUCGGCUCUGCCUGACACCAGUGUUAAUUCUCGUCCACGGAGAUAAUACGUGUAACUGAGAAACUGAGUAGAAUCAAGAGUUUCUUUUUAAAGGAAUAGUUCUCCAGCCUGCGUUCUGUGUAUAUGAACUUACAGCUUUUUCCCUGUUAUCAUCGUUACUUAUUACAAAGUAUUUACCUGGCACAUAGAAUGUUUAAAGAGUGUUAGCUCUUGUGGUUAGCAGCGUAAUGACCCUCCACACUGUCCCGUCCUUACCCCCAACAUGUGAAUGUGUCACUUGGCAAAGGGGAUUCAGGUUGCAGAAGUAAGAUUGCCACACAGCUGACCUUGAGACUGGAAGAUGAUGCCGCAUUAUCUGGGUGGGCAAAAGAGAAAACCAGAGAAAGAGCCAUUUCUAGAAGCAUCCCUACCUGCUGUUGCUGGCUUUGAAGAUGGAAGAAGGGGACUGGAGCCGAAGAAUGGGGGUGUGGCCUCUAGACGUUAGAAAAGGCGAGGAAACAGAUUGUCCCCUAGAGCUUCCAGAAGGAAUGUAGGCCUGCCCACAUCUUGAUUUCAGCCUCGUGAGACCUGUGUCCGACCUCUGAUCUCCAGAAGAUAAUAAAUUUGUAUUGUUUAAAUCA